AUGUACGUAGAAUCUUUCAAAAAUACAUUUGCGGUUGAUAUCUUGGAAUAUUUCAAUUUGGCCAAGAUUGAAGAAGCAAUUCCAGAUAUCAGCUCUAUUAAACCAAUGCUUAAUUCAUCUGAUAAUUCAAUAGAAACUGAAAAGGAAAAUGAUGUACAGGAAUCUUUCCAGGUCAGCUCAGAUUUUGAUUCAUUAGAUAAUAAAGAGAAAGCAGUAAAUGACAUUGAAGCUUGUCCAAUUGAAGAAAAGCCUAAAAAUCAGAAAAAGGUAGAGGAAAGAGACCCAUAUAUGUUAGAGUGGGAUGAUCCAAAUGAUCCUGAUUUUCCAGUUAAUUGGUCCAAAAAGAAAAGAGCAGUUAUUCUUCUUCAAAUUAUGUUAUUAACAAGUGUGACAUAUAUGGGUUCGUCAAUUUACACACCAGGCCAAUUGCAAAUCCAAAGUGAGUUUGGUGUAGGGCAUGUUGUAGCUACAUUAAAUUUAUCAUUAUACGUUCUAGGAUAUGGUUUAGGUCCAUUAAUAUUCUCACCUCAGUCUGAAUUUUCAUUACUAGGUCGUCAGCACUUGUACACAGUCACUUUAUUCAUUUUCGCCAUGCUCCAAAUCGGAUGUGCUACUGUACAUAAUUUCGGUGGUCUAGCAGUUUUGCGUUUUUUCAGCGGGGUGUUCUGUUCGCCAUCCCUGAGUACCGGUGGUGCUUCUAUUGCUGAUAUAUUGGCCCCAGAGGUUGUCCCUGUAUUUUUAGGAUUAUGGGCAGUUGCCGCAUUUUCUUCACCGGUAUUGGCUCCAUUAUUAGGUGCUGUCAUGGUCGUUGCUGAGGACUGGAGAUGGAUCUUUUGGCUUCAAUUAUGGCUAUCUACAUUCACACUAAUUGUGUUAUUGUUGUUCAUGCCAGAAACACACCAUGGCAAUAUAUUAUAUCGUCGUGCUAGAAGAUUAAGGAAACAAACAGGAGAUGACAGAUGGUCGACUGCAAGCGCAGAGAAGGAGAAAAAAUUAGAAUUAGGUGCCUUCCUUUUAACUGCUGUUUACAAGCCAAUCAAGAUAAUUAUGAGAGAACCUAUUAUCGCCGCUAUUGAUAUGUAUACAGCACUACUUUAUGGUAUUUUCUAUCUGUUUUUCGAAGCUUUCCCAUUAGUGUUUGGUGGUAUCUACAAUUUUACUUUAGUCGAAAGUGGGUUAGCUUUCCUAGGGUUCCAGGUUGGUUGUGCGAUUAUCUAUCCAAUUUACAUUGUAUUUUUAGUCAAAUAUAUUUUACCAAGAAUGCAAAAUCAAACUUUUGUUCCCGAGGAUUUCUUGGUUAUAAAUAUGAUUGUUGCCAUCUUUUUACCUGCAGCAUUAUUUGUUUUCGGCUGGACUGCUGGAGUCCAUUGGAUUUUACCAAUAUUUGCUGAAGUUUUAUUUGUAAUCAGUGCGUUUACUAUAUUCCAAAGUAAUUUUGCUUAUAUAGCAAUCAGUUUUUCAGACCAUGUUGCAUCCGUCUUUGCUGGUAAUGGUUUAGCGCGUGCAGGUUUUGCAUGUGCAUUCCCAUUAUUCGGACAAGCCAUGUAUAAUAACUUGGGAAGCGAGAAAUAUCCAGUUGCUUGGGGUUCGUCAUUAUUAGGUUUUAUUUCAAUUGGUAUGAGUACAAUCCCAUUUUUGCUUUACAAAUAUGGUGCAGUUUUACGUAGUAAAUCUAAGUUUACUGCUUAG